CGCCACUCAGCUGCUGUUAGCUGGUUGCUAGAGGGACUGUCGAGAAAUCGACAAAUCCCGUCAAAAACUAACAUAUCUGGAUUGCGUGCUUUUAUUUUGGCACUGGAGUGCGUUUGUCACCCGACAUCAUGCCCAUGUACAAGGUAAAGCCCGUCAGUCCCGGUGACAUAAAGAUUGAUUUGCCAACGUGCAUGUACAAGUUACCAAAUACCCACGCGCAGGGAAUGAACUGCGGAGAGCACGCGCUUCAGAACGGGGAGGUGGAUCCUGCUCUGAAGGCGCUGGAGGAGCGACAGGAUGAGGUCCUGAGAAGACUGUAUGAGCUAAAGGCAACGGUCGACGGGCUGGCGAAGACAGUGACCACUCCUGACGCAGACCUGGACGCCAGCACACUGUCACGCGGACCGGCUGAGUCUGUGUUCAGAGGAACGGCAGAUCUAGACUCCUUACUGGGCAAGGACCUGGGUGCGCUGAGAGACAUCGUGAUCAAUGCCAACCCUGCCCAUCCUCCUCUGUCCCUGCUGGUUCUUCAUGCUCUGCUGUGCCAGCGCUACCAGGUGCUCUCCAGUGUGCAUGUGCACUCCUCUGUGAGUGUUGUGCCCCCUCCGCUGCUGUCCUGCCUGGGCCCACGGCACAUAGACAGCUACGCCCGUCAGCGCUUUCAGCUCGGCUUCACUCUCAUAUGGAAAGAUGUGUCAAAGCUGCAGAUGAAGUUCAACACGCAGAGCAUGUGCCCGAUCGAGGGGGAGGCCAACGUCGCCCGCUUUCUCUUCCGUCUUUUGAGUGCCGAACCCCAGGACCCGCUCGCCGCCACGCAGAUGGACUGCUGGAUAGACACGGCAGUUUUCCAGCUGGCCGAGGUGGGCAGUAAAGAACAUGCGGCCGUGCUGAGAUCCCUAAACUCGGCUCUGGGAUGUUCUCCGUGGCUUCUGGGUCAGGAGUUCUCUCUCGCUGAUAUUGUGUGCGCCUGCUGCGUCCUGCGGGCCGGCCAGACCACCUCUGCAGCAGCUAACAUACAGCGCUGGCUCAAGUCCUGCCAGAACCUGGGCCACUUCGACUGCGUGAACCCGUUACUACAGUGACGAGAGCUGGGAGAUUAGUGCAGGUCGCACUCCGGAAACUGAUACACCACAGUAAAUGAUAUCAUGAAAAGGGAAAUGCAACGUGACAUCACCAACCAAAUGUAACCUGUUCUGCCAACAAACACUGUUUCGUCCCAGAAUCCGGUGUUAACUGAGCUCAGGUCUGUAAUAUGGAAUGUUUAGAAAUGAUGUCACUGGUGAUGUCAUGUUGAUGUUUGAACUGGAGGCGAUCUGAAACUGAUCCCAGGCCAGGGCCAUAGAUGCAAACACUCAGAGAGAGGGCAUUUGGGAUAAUGAUACUGUAAACGCAACUCCCUCCCGCCUUGUGCCUAAUAAAACAUUGUACUAGAAGAUGUUGUGUGUUGCUGUGAAAUAAUCUAUCGGGUGUUAAAUGAAGCGUUUGAAAUGUGAACCCAAGGACCUACUGGUAUGUGACGGUAUGAGAGGUGAUACUUUGUAGCGUCUUUUUCUUAAAACCUAUUAAACAUUUUCACUUCGGGUUAGACGUUUAUGGAUUGA